AGUUUUGCACUUUCGCCAUCUGGCUCUGCGCGGAGUCAGUCGUAAAUUUUCAAAUUAAUUUUUAAAGUUCUCGAAUGUCGUGAAAAUUUUCGCACUUUUACAAUUUUGAAGUGGUUAUUAUCUUAUUCUUUGAUAAUAAAGUGCUUUGCGAUUUAGUGGGAAGCAGUUUUGGAAGCAAGAGCAGGUUUCUGGCAUCGUGUCAUUUGAAAGGGAAAUGAGCACGGGAAAACCUCAUUCCAGCAGCAGUACGAUGACUGUCACGGAAACUGUCCCUACAAAAAUGGUGGUUCCCUCCUUGUCGGGAACAAGCGCAACGGCUCCGACCACUUCUGGACCGUCAUCGCAACAGCAGAAGUCCUACGGGAAGAUUGUGCUCACGCUGGAAAAUUGUCUGCUUCCGGAAGCGAAAAUGAACCUGACGCCCUCGCAGGCUGAUGGUUUGGAUCGGGAAACGGAAAUCGACUUACGCAUACUCGGUUGCGAACUGAUUCAAACGGCUGGAAUAUUGCUGAAAUUACCUCAGGUGGCCAUGGCAACUGGGCAGGUCCUGUUCCAGCGUUUUUUCUAUUCCAAGUCCUUUGUGCGACACAGCAUGGAAGCUACGGCGAUGAGCUGCGUAUGCCUGGCCAGUAAGAUAGAGGAAGCGCCCCGACGAAUCCGAGACGUAAUCAAUGUGUUUCACCACAUCAAGCAGGUCCGUGGUCAGAAGCCCCUGAUACCGAUGAUUUUGGACCAGCACUAUAUAAACCUCAAGUCACAGGUGAUCAAAGCCGAACGAAGGGUCCUGAAGGAGCUAGGCUUCUGCGUGCAUGUCAAACAUCCUCAUAAGCUGAUCGUAAUGUACCUGAAGUACUUGGAGCUAGAGAAACAUCAGAAGGUGAUGCAAAUGGCGUGGAACUUCAUGAACGAUUCAUUUCGUACGGAUGUGUUCGUUCGCUAUCAGCCGGAAACGAUAGCAUGUGCUUGCAUUUAUCUGACGGCUCGUAAGCAAAACAUUCCUCUGCCUAGUACUCCGGCAUGGUUUUUGAUAUUCCGAGUCAGUGAAGAUGACAUGCUCGAUGUCUGUUUUCGAAUCAUGGCUCUGUAUAAACGGGCUAAGCCAAAUGCAGAAAAACUAGAAGAAGCCGUUGAUACUCUCAAAAAACAAUACCAGGAACAAAAGAAAAAGGAUCGAACGGAAACCAGUACACCUCCGGCGGUAGUAAUGGUUGAUAGAAAUAAUGGGUCGCAUAAUGCGUGGGGUGGAUUCUUUUCCCGAGCCGUUCCUCUUCCGGCUGACCCGGAUAACAACGGGAAUAAUAAUGAUGAUAAGGAUAACAAAAAAUCACACUCCAAAUCGCGUUCUCGGACGCCACGUUCCCACAGUCGAUCACAUUCGCGAUCGCGGUCUCGUUCAAGGUCUAGAUCACGUUCUCCAACACCCAGGUCAUCUCGUUCCAAAUCACGUUCACGAUCACGGACUCCUGACUCGCGCUCCCGAUCACACUCACGAUCGCAUCGAUCCGAACGGGAAGCCAGCCAUUCGCCCUACGACAACAAGGGUACGUCGCGAAAGUCAUCCAACAAAAAGUCGAGACACCGGUCCCGAUCGCCCCAGCUUAAAUCUUCAUCGAGUAAGAAAAGGUCAACGAAACACUAUUCGAGGUCCCGAUCCUUGACUCCAGAGUCGCCGCCGAAAUAUAAGAAAAGCUCCAAUGACAAAAAGUAUGACAACCGUCGCCGGGAUGAUCGGGACAACAGCCGCUACGCCAACGGAUCCGAUCGGGAGAGAUCGUCUAAUAAGGAUCGGGAACGGGACCGUGAUCGGCACAGUCGCGGCGAACGUGAUCACCGGGGUCGAUCGGACAAAAGUGGCCGUGAUUAUGACCGAGACGAGUACAAUCGGAAAGACCACUACUACCAACAUUCGUCCGAAAAGCGCGAUAAAUACAGCACCACCAGCAGCAGCAGUCAUCGCUAUACCAGCAGUAAUUCCACCAGCGAUAGGCAUCGAUCUUCGAAGCAUAGCGAGAGGGAUCGAGACCGAAGACGAUAAUCAUAACCACUGCCACUGAGUUUGUUGUAGGGUAUGCGGUGGUUUGCGUUGAUAUCGCGAACAUAACUGUUUGUUCUAAAUAACCAGUGGAACAUCUUUUCCACUUAAUAAGUUUUUUUUAUUGUUUAAAGGUCACCGAAAUGAUUUUUUGGUGGGCUACUGUAUUGAAUCAGGUGGUCACAGAGGCGAGCGGUAAAGCAUUUUUUUCUCAUUUCUGGGUAUUAUUUUUUCGUUUUUACUUUUAUCUGAGGAACAGUAGUUAUUAUGAAAGAUAGCAUUUUAAUAGGAUGCGAUGCGAUGUAUAGUGUUGUAAAAAAUAGUAUCAAUCUUUAAUUUGAAAGUGAAUAUCGCUUAAUUUAAAAAAAAAACAGCAUACCAUUUAGUUAUUCUGAUGAAGUUUAUUUGCGUUAAUAUCAAAGACAAAGUUGCUAGCCAACGCUACUGUAAGGAUUUGUUAUUUUACAUCUAAUUUCCUCGAUACCGGGUUUCCGCAGCUUAAUUCGGAAGAUAGAAAAAACGAAAGAAUAAAGACCAAAAGCAGUCAAAAAUGA